GGCGAAUUUUGACCCUCAGCGCCAUCUGCGUUUAGCUUUACACAGUCAACCAUCUAUUUCGAAAAGUGCAAUGAAUUCUUUUAUUAUAGAUAUAACAAGUCUUAAAAGAAAAUUCGAAUUUUUAUGUUGAUUAAUUGGAAUUCUACAAAUAUACAUGUUAGACGCAAAUACAAAUAACUCAGGUGUCCAUCUAAAGAGCAAUACUAUGGAACCAAACGCGGUGAACGAAAAAGAAAACGAAGAAUUGCUUUCCGAAGAUAAAAUAGACUGGGAUUGUAAAGUAGAACGAAGAUUAUUUUAUGCAAUGCGUGGUUUGAAACCUGUUGGUGUGAAUCGUCACUUUAUGAUGGUAUGCAUUCAUAGAAAAUUUAGCACAGUUCUUGAGAGAGAAAUUUCUUCGAAGGUAAUCUGGAAUCAUUUAGAUUCUCUUUAUGACAUGGCUGCUUUGCAUGAAUCUGAAAUUUUACCAUUUCCAAACGAAGAAGUAGAUUAUGACCUGCCAUCUAGCUUCUAUGAUUUAGCUAAAGAGCAAUUAAAUGUCUCAUUGAGUGAUGUUGAUGAUGACAGUCGAGACUCUAAGAGUGAACAUAACUACAAAGCAUCAAAGAAAUCGAAUGCUACAAAAUCAAAACAAAACGGCACACCUUCGUCGAAUUCUAAAAGUACAUUUGCUACGCCUGUUAGUGGUAAAAGUACAAAACAAUAUUUGAAAAAAAGUGAGACAAAACCUUCUAGUAUUUCUGAAAGUAAAACUAGACAAGAAUCUCCUUUAACAACUAAGCUGAAUAAAGUGAAGCGUUCUUCAAGCCCUUUUACAGCGAAAAAUUCAAAAAGUGAUCAAACUUCUGUUAAGGAAGAAACUCCUGAGCCUCCAGCUAAAAAGUUGAAAACAGAAACCAGUACCCCUAUAACUUCAAAGAAAACUCCAAAACCUGAGAGCAACAGUGCUUCAAAAAAAUCAGCUAAGCAAGAACAAAGUACUGUAACUAAGCCAAAUAAAACCGAUACUCCUAGCAGUUCUUCAAAGAAGAUAAAGAGUGAAAAAGACUCUUCAGUUAAGAAAAGUAAAGUCUCUACUCCUAGCGAUAGUUCUCAAAGUAAAAAAAGUUCCAAAACAGAGAGUAGGAAAAGUGAUCAGGAUUCUUCAAGAAGAGUUAGUGACAUUCCAAGUACCAAGAGUAAAAGUGAUCGAGCAUCAAGUGUUUCUAGUAAAGGGAGCAGGCAUGAAGAUUCUGACUCGUCUGUUCUUUCAGGUUCAAGAAAAUCUUCACCUGCUAUUAAAGGAGAUUCAAUUGAUAAGAAAAAGAAGAAAAGUUCACCUAUGAAAAGAAGGCGCCCUUAGUUAAAUAUUUUUUUAGGUUAUAAUUGAUUUAUUUUAGUUGUGUUUGCAACCAAUUGCAAUGACACUCGAAAAAUGUUAUGGACAAUUUUUAAAUGUUGUGCAAUUAAGAUGCGCAUUAUCUUUUUAUUGUUUAAAGUUGAAUAAAAAGGUUUAGAUUUAAUCUUUUACAAA